AUGGACUGUAACUGCGUUAGUGACCUGCUACUCACGCCGCCUGUCCCUGCCCUCUGGACGCCAGGCAUCGCCUUCCCGGACUGGGCCUACAAACCCGAGUCGAGUCCGGGCUCCAGGCAGAUCCAGCUGUGGCACUUCAUCCUGGAGCUGCUGCAGAAGGAGGAGUACCAGGGGGUGAUCGCCUGGCAGGGCGACUAUGGCGAAUUCGUGAUCAAAGAUCCCGACGAGGUGGCGAGACUCUGGGGCAUUCGGAAAUGCAAGCCUCACAUGAACUACGACAAGCUCAGUCGUGCUCUGAGGUAUUACUACAACAAGCGCAUUUUGCACAAAACCAAAGGAAAGCGAUUCACCUAUAAGUUUAACUUCAGUAAGGUGGUUCUGGUGAACUAUCCGCUGUUGGACAUGGCCAGUUCUCCUUUCCUCUUGGCCCAGAACCACUUCAACAGUGGCUCCACCACACCAGACUGCAGCCCUGUCACACCUGAGACACUUCAGUCCCUGUUCCCUCGUUUGCCAGAGUCUGCUCGAGGGGCGUCUCUCUUUGACCGAGGAGCUGGAGGCCCAGGGCCGGAGAGUGACAAAUUGAGGCUGGACACUUUUCCCUUCCUCAGCACAGGGAGUCCUUGUUACUCUAAACCUCCAUCUCUGCUGGGUCCUUACCCCCGUAACCCGACGUUUGACUACCCGUGGGGCUUUAAUCCUUACCUCCCGGGGGCCUUCUCUCUCAACAACUGCCCCAAAUUACCCCCCGGCUCGCUGUACCCCUCCCAUUUCUACCCCAACCCGCUCCAAAGCAGCCUGUCCCAGCUUCCCCACCCGUUCUCCUCUCUCUUACCCCCGGGAGAUGGCGCAGGAGCUGAGAGAGGAGGAGGCGGGCAGACAGGAGGGAGCAACGGCACGGCGGGCGGCCAGCCUCCCAGGCUGUGCAUCCCCCCGUACCCCGGGAGCGCCCCCCUGGGUCGAACUGAGGUGGGCAACGGGGGUGGCGCGGGAGCCGAGAGGGAGAGGGCGGAGGCCACCGUCCCGGGCGGCGGAGGUGGCGUAGGUCUGGGGUUGGGUUUGGGGUUAGGUCUGAGUCUGGGUGGGGUGAACCUGGGCAACGGAGGGGGUCGCCAGAGCCCGACGGAGAGGCGAGGAGGGGUCAAGCAGGACCCGGAGUCCGAUUCAGAGCUGGAGAUCACCGACCUGAGCGACUGCAGCUCGGAGAACGAGAACGAGCCAGACUUCAGCGUCGGUAAGGAGGCCAGGAUCGGAAGCAGGUCGCACCCCCUGGAGGCCAAGAGCGGAGCCAUCGGGGGAGCUUUGCCACCCCUUUCUUCUCUCCCUCCACCUGUGUCUCCCCACCCCUUAAAGAGUUUAGUGCCCCUGACUCCUCCACCACCAUCCCUUCCUCCAUCUCUCUCUCCCUCACUGGCUUUAGUCGAUCGUCACAGGGAGACAGAGGCUCUGAAACUCUCUCAUAGUUAA